AGUUAGUUGAGUUCUGUCAUGUUGAAUGGUUCAAAUGUUGUUCGCGUUCGCAUUCGCAUGUUAUUCGUUGUACGUUAUUCGGGUGGGUCGUUUUUGUUGUAAUUUUUUAGUGACACAUUAAAAAUUGUAAAUUCUAGCGGCGCGCUUCUAAUUUAUGUUUGUACGGCAUUUCUGCAAGUUUUAUCUGCUCCCUUCUUGUUCGAAAAUAUUGCGGUAGUGUAAAGUUAUUAUAUUUUAAUAUUAUUUGUGAGAAAAUUUGAAAAGUGCAUACCUACGCUACUGAAAAUCGGAUUAGGUGGUGGCCGUGGUGACGUGACGGCAGUAAAAGUAGUAGCAACAGCGAAAGAGCGAACCAGUAGAAAAGAUAAUAUGAAAAUAACGUAGAAUAAGAAAAAUCCGUAACGAAAGCAGGAAAGGAGAAAAGCAAAGGUGGUCAAGUGCAAACGAAUUGUUGCUGGUCCGCUGCCUUGGAGUAGCACUUGGCGAGUUUGCGUCUUCUGCUUCCGCCGACUCGUGGUAACGUGAAAAUAAACGGACAACGGACGUGUUGGGUGUUGGAAUCGAAUACUUGUUUUACGCGACGCGAAACGAAACGAAAUAUAUAGUGAUUAAAAAAAAAACUGGGGUUUUAAGAGUUUUUAAAAAUACCAGAUAUAACUUUUAAAAACAAGAUCUUUCACUGAUUAAAAUUGUUUGCUAUCGUUUUGUUCUUUUCCUAUCUACAAACAUUUCGAAUAAUAAUUACGCUUGUAGUAAUCAAAACACAAUUUCGUGAUACGUUCAGCAAGUGUGCAAACUUAGGAAGUGCGCGAGCCGGGUUUGUGAAUUAAAGUAACGCAUGCUAAUUACGCAUCUUUCAAAUCGAAUUGUCGCAACUUAUGCCGUAAAUCGACGUCAUGUUUAAGUGCAUUCCAAUAUUCAAAGGCUGUAAUCGCCAAGUUGAAUUCGUUGACAAACGUCAUUGUUCGCUGCCCAGUGUGCCAGAGGAAAUUCUACGUUAUUCACGUACAUUGGAGGAGUUGUUCUUAGAUGCCAAUCAUAUCCGAGAUUUGCCAAAGAACUUCUUCAGACUGCAUCGUCUGCGAAAAUUGGGCUUAAGUGAUAAUGAGAUAGCCCGAUUGCCUCCAGAUAUACAGAAUUUCGAGAACUUGGUAGAACUAGAUGUUUCGCGAAAUGAUAUUCCAGACAUUCCUGAUGACAUCAAACACCUGCAAAACCUACAGGUUGCUGAUUUCAGCUCAAAUCCGAUUCCAAAAUUACCAGCUGGAUUUUCUCAACUCAAAAAUUUAACAGUUUUAGGUUUAAAUGAUAUGUCACUUACCACAUUACCAGUUGAUUUCGGAAGCUUAACACAACUGGAAUCAUUGGAGUUGCGCGAGAAUCUAUUGAAACAUUUGCCUGAAUCGAUACGACAGUUGACGAAGCUUAAAAGAUUAGAUUUAGGCGACAAUGAAAUUGAAGAACUGCCACCAUAUUUGGGCUACUUGCCCGGUCUGCACGAGCUCUGGCUCGAUCACAAUCAGUUAGAGAGGCUGCCACCUGAAAUUGGACUACUCACCAAUUUGACAUAUCUUGACGUUUCCGAAAACAGGCUGGAGAAAUUACCAAAUGAAAUCGGUGGCCUCGUAAAUUUAACUGAUUUAGAUCUGGCGCAAAAUUUACUUGAGACCCUGCCCGAUGGAAUCGCUAAAUUAAGCAGACUGACAAUUCUAAAACUAGAUCAGAAUCGCCUACAGAAAUUGAAUCCAACUAUUGGAUGUUGCGAAAGCAUGCAAGAGCUGAUAUUGACCGAAAACUUCUUAUCAGAAUUUCCCGUAUCGAUUGGGCAAAUGACUAAAUUGAGCAACCUGAACGUGGAUCGCAACGCAUUGGAAUACCUACCGGCCGAGAUAGGUAAUUGUGCAAAUUUGGGCGUUUUGAGUUUGCGCGAUAACAAAUUAAAGCGACUGCCGCCAGAGUUGGGCAACUGUUCGGUGUUGCAUGUGCUGGACGUGUCGGGUAAUCAGCUGCAAUACUUGCCAUACACUUUGGUGAAUUUGCAGUUGAAAGCUGUUUGGUUAUCUGAAAAUCAGGCACAGCCGCUGCUAACGUUCCAGCCGGACACAGACGAGGCAACAGGUGAACAGGUUUUGACAUGCUUCCUACUGCCACAACAAGAAUAUCAACCGAUUACGCCAGACUACCCACCGGGUCUACUCUAUAGAUCGAGCGAAAAAUUCGAUUCGUCGGAGUUCCACGUUUACCAACAAAAAGCACGCGAACUUGAAACCGAUUCGGAUGGCUGGGAGGAGCGUGAAGCUUCAAGAACACAUUCCGUUAAAUUCUCCGAAGAAUCCACACAGGAGAAGGACACACCGUUUGUCAGACAAAAUACACCACAUCCCAAGGAGCUGAAGGCAAAAGCGCAUAAACUCUUUGCCAAAGAUCGCAGUCGACCGGAUGACGGCAAUUUGGAUACAGUCUCCGAAGAAGCAUCAUCAAAGUUCGCUGUUAGCGGCACUGCCCGAAUCGGCGCUAAUUCCACCAUAGUAGAGAAUAUAGCAGAGACAAAACCCAUCUAUGAGAAUCAUCAACAGCAGCCGCCAACAACAGCAAUUUCUUUCGCGCCACAGCCGAUUAUUGCACAGACAGCGGGCACACAACAACAGUCCGCGAUUAACGCUGUAACAGUACAUGAACCGAUUGCAAGCGUUGCGCCCGAACAUGGCAACGCCGCUGUAGUGGUGGCCGCAGCAGCAGUAACAGCGGCAGCAUGCGUUACUGGCGACGAGGAAGAGGAAGACUUUGAUGAAGCUGAAAGGCGUGUGGGUUUUCAAGUUGAGGGCGAAGAUGAUGACUUCUACAAGCGGCCAAUGAAAUUGCACAGACGCGACACCCCGCACCAUUUGAAAAACAAACGUGUGCAACAUAAUCUCACCGAUAAAAAAUCAAGUGAAAUUCUCGCUAACGCUUUGAAUCAAGAAAAGAAAACGUCACAGCUGGCUCCAGUUCAAUCGCCCAUUCAAGAAAACGAGGCUGCUGAGCAGAGUGAACAACAACAAUUGCAGCAGCAACAACCUUUUGCCGCACCAAUUUCACCCAUACCACCGCCAACGGUGCCUGGUCCACUGCCAGCAGGACAAUUACUUGAUGACGCCGUGGACGGUCUCACAGAGCUGCGUCUGGAACAAUACGAAAUCCAUAUUGAGCGCACCACUGCCGGUCUGGGCUUGAGCAUAGCGGGCGGCAGGGGCUCUACACCUUUCAAAGGCGACGACGAAGGCAUUUUCAUAUCACGCGUAACCGAGGGUGGCCCAGCGGAUUUGGCCGGUUUGAAAGUUGGCGAUAAAGUACUAAAAGUGAAUGGCAUUAAUGUGGUCGAUGCCGAUCAUUAUCAAGCCGUGCAGGUGUUGAAGGCCUGCGGUGCGGUGUUGGUGUUAGUGGUCGAACGCGAAGUUACACGCCUAAUAGGCCAUCCAGUGUUUAGCGAAGAUGGCUCGGUCUCACAGAUAUCGGUGGAAACGCGACCGUUGGCCGCAGCGAUGCAGCAUGAAAAAUUUAUUCCGGCACCGAUUGAAAUUAUUCCAGAACAGCAGCAAAUACAGCAGCUACAACAGCAACAACAACAACUGCAGCAAGCGCCUGCCAACUUAAACAGCUAUCAAGCGAAUGUAUUUACAACACCAACAACAGCAGCAGUAGCUGCAGCUGCAGCAGGACCAACAAAUGUGGCAAAUUUAUCACAACAGCAGCAACAACAACCACAGCAACAGCUCCAACCGCAACAUGUUGGGGUGGGAGCAACAAAUGGCGUUUUGGAAAAUGGCAAGGAUGCCCCCUUGAGCUAUUUACAACUGCACACGACUUUAAUUCGUGAUCAAAUCGGACAAGGCUUGGGCUUCAGUAUUGCCGGUGGCAAAGGCUCGCCACCAUUUAAGGAUGGCUGCGAUGGAAUUUUCAUUUCACGCAUAACUGAAGGCGGUUUAGCGCAUCGUGACGGCAAAAUAAUGGUUGGCGACCGCGUGAUGGCUAUUAAUGGCAAUGACAUGACGAACGCCUGUCAUGACGCUGCGGUGCAAUGUCUCACUGAGCCGCAACGAUUUGUGCGUCUGGUGUUACAGCGCGAGUAUCGUGGACCUUUGGAGGCACCGUUGAGUCCACGCAGUCCAGCUGUUUUGAAUUCGCUCAGUCCUUCCGGUUAUCUCGCCAAUCGACCAGCAAACUUCAAUCGCUCUAUCGGCGAUAUAAUAUCAGAACAAGCACAAACUAAUCUGCAACAGGCGCCCACAGCGGCACCGACACUGGCACAGCAACAGCAAUAUCCACAAUAUCCAGCUCAGCAACAAUUUAACUACACCACCCAGCCGUCGGCUUACGAAAUAAAUAAAACUGUUACGAUACCCAACGCAACAGCAGCCACAUUAACUAGCGCUAGUGUAGGUGGUAACAAUGCACCGAAAACAAAUGGUUUUACGGCUGCGGCAACAACUGUGCCAUACCAGCAGCCACAGCAGCAGCAACAAAUCGAUAAGGUCACGGGUCAACCGGUGCCUGCUCCCAGGCGCGCAAAUUCCAUACCUUUGGGAGACGCGCCAGCGGAAGCCACACCAGCCAACGGUAAUGCUGCACAGCCCCCAGAUUCGGCAAAUAAGCCGACAGCGGCACCAACUGCCGGCCCAAACCCAGCCGCUGAUGCUUCUGCUGAAACUCAGGUGCCGCCGCUUCGACCGCUGACUAGUGAAGAUUUCCAAGCGAUGAUACCGGCGCACUUCCUAAGCGGUGGCAGUCAACAUCAGGUGAAUGUGGCAAAUGGCAAUGAGGUGGGCGUUGGACCCUCGGUCACCGUAACGGUGAAUAAGGCUGUACCCGACUUGCCCAUGUUCCCCGCUGCACCCACGGAACUGGGUCGCAUUACCGAAACAAUAACAAAAUCCACAUUUACGGAAACCGUAAUGACGCGUGUCACCGAUAACCAUUUAGCGGAGCCACUGAUCAGUGAGGAAGUUGUCUUGCCGAAGAAUCAAGGGUCGCUGGGCUUCAGCAUCAUUGGCGGUACGGAUCAUUCCUGUGUGCCGUUCGGUUCACAUGAGACGGGCAUAUUUAUAUCGCACGUCGUACCCGAUGGCAUCGCACACAAAUGUGGCAAAUUGCGUAUGGGUGACAGAAUUUUGAAAGUAAACGACGUGGAUAUAUCGCGUGCUACGCAUCAAGAGGCUGUAAUGGAAUUGCUAAAACCAGGCGACGACAUCAAGCUGACCAUACAGCACGAUCCAUUGCCACCUGGCUUUCAGAUUGAGGUAGAAAUUUUACAAACUGAGGAAAUCACAAUUAGUAAAGCUGAAGGCGAACGCCUGGGCAUGCACAUAAAGGGCGGACUUAAUGGUCAGCGCGGCAAUCCAUGCGAUCCCACCGACGAGGGUGUAUUUGUAUCGAAAAUUAAUUCGGUCGGCGCGGCAAGACGCGAUGGACGACUUAAGGUUGGUAUGCGCCUGUUGGAAGUCAAUGGCCACUCGCUGUUGGGUAUUUCACAUCAGGACGCUGUGAAUGUUCUGCGCAAUGCUGGCAAUGAAAUUCAUUUGAUCGCGUGCAAAGGAUACGACAAAUCCAAUUUAAUUCAUUCCAUUGGGGCUGCUGGCGGCAUGAGCACAGGCUUCAACACAACAGGCAGCCGACAAGGUUCGCGUGCUUCCGAGACUGGAUCGGAACUGAGCCAAAGUCAGAGCAUUUCGAGUUUGGAUCGCGACGAAGAUGAGCGCAUACGACAAGAUUUUGAAGUUUUUACACCGAAAACCGAACCGAAUAACGACCCCUCAGUAUUGGCAUCUGUGGCGGCAUUGGCCCACUCGCCCACCACACCGCCGAGCGUUGGCGCUUUGCCACAACAGCAUGCAGCUGAAAGCGAAACAUCCAAGAGCGGUGCUCCAACAACAGCAACAACAACUCCCCAAGAUGCACUCACCACGUUUGCUAAUGCAGACAAAACGCUGGUGCAGUCUAAAGAAAAGAGUACACCCGAGAAGGUGCUUGAAAUAGUGCGUGCUGCCGAUGCAUUCACCUCAGUUCCACCCAAGUCACCAGCAGAACAUCACGAUCAGGAUAAAAUUCAAAAGACCACAACAGUUGUCAUUUCGAAACACACACUCGACACAAAUCCGUCGCCUGCGUUGUUGGCCGCCUCACCGCCAAUUCACACGUCACCAACAACAUUGCCCACACACACAACUGCGGCCACGACAACCACCACAACAUCACCACCUGUCUCGCCAGCGUUGGCCAACGUUGCGGCAGCAAGUGGCAAUACGGUGGCAGCGCCACCGACUCAGCAACAGAACAUUCAACAGAGGCGCACACCAACCCCAACAUCAAUACACAAAACGAGGACAGAAACCGUAGCAAAGCCUGCAGACACCCGUUAUGAGUAUAAAGAAAUGGUAAAAAAACAAACGAUUGCUCGUCAGGACGACACUGCUCCAAAGACAAAGAAAGUCACGAAAGCCGAACCAAUUUAUAUAAUUGACGACGAGGAAGGAGAAGAAGAAGAAGAAGACGAUGAAGAAGAAGACGAAGAAGACGAGGAGGAGGAGGAACAGUCGGAUAAGCACGUGAUUGACGGAGAUGAAGAUGUAUUCGAUACGUAUUCACCGAAUGCUUCGGCCGAUCAAGGUGAUACUGAUUCGGACUACUUUGAUCGAGCACGUACUUCGCUCCGUUACACAAGCGAUUCGGAGAAUGACUAUCGUCCGCAUCGGCGCAAUCAUGAAAUGUUAGGAAAUAUUUCUGGUCGCAGCACGCCCGACCUUUCAGGCUCUGCAUUUGGUGGUCACCGCAAAUCAGUUAGUUUUGAUCUGAGCGGUGAUGAAAGGUCAAAAUCUGAUUAUGAACGCUCACGAACGCCCGACGGUUAUUCUCGUUAUUACGAUUCUGAGCAAGAGUAUGGAAGUUCACGGCCGCGUUUACCACGCAAAGGUAUAUUGCGUUCGGCCAGCCCUUCAUCGUCGAAUAACUCGACACUGGAGCGUUGUAGACGCCCCGAAAAACUGCCGCCAAUAGUGCCUACAGUAGCGCGUAUUAAGGAAAUUGAUUCGCCUACGCUGCAACAUGUUCGCUCAUCUUCGCCUUUGUCCAGUAGAGGUGGAAGUAGUAGAGGCUAUCACAGUCCACCGCCGCAACCCGAAAAGGUUACGGUGUCUACGGAGAUCGAAAGAGAAAAUCCAUUCCGUGAAGCGUUCCUAGACAAUAGCAAAACUGAUGAAUAUACCGAAUUGGCAAAAGCUAUGUCGAAAUCACCAUCGGCCCUCCGAUCACCACGUGAACAAUUUUUCUUUGGUUCGAAGUCGACUGAGAAUUUGUUAACCUCAGAGCGUUCAGCUUCAAGUGGUCGUAGUACACCUAGUACAGUUGUUAGUGCGCAAUCAAAAUCUACAGAAGAUCUGUUGUCAAGCUCAACCGGCGCCAAACCGAAACGUAUACCACCUCCCAUAUUACCGAAACCGAAAACUAAAAAAGCUGAGUUGGUGCACAAUAUUGCGCUCGAUGCCUUCCAAAAAACUCACGUAGGUUAUGGUGAUUUCACAGUCUUCGAACAUGAUCCGACCACAAACACUAUACAUGAAAUACGUUCGCCGCCUCCGCCAACAACACCAACCGUUCCAUUAACACCACCGCCUGCCGGUAGUAGUGCGAAACUUCCUGUGCGGGUAAAGGCGCCCCGUAGUCCAUCGCGACCACGUGAAAGUCCACCUCCCCCACCCGUCAACUACUCAACGAUGCCAAAGCUUUCGUCGACAAUUGCACAUGUAAAAAAGAGCGAAGAAACUUACUACUUGGAGGUGCUUCCACCACCUCCGCCACUUUCCGAUGAUGAAAUACCGCCUUCACAGCGUCGUCUCACUGAGUUUAUACACGAAAAUUCACCAGAUCACAUACUGGUUACUGAAGAAGAGCAUCGCACAAUCUUGCUGCAUGAAAAUGAAGUGCGCAACCAGCUACGUGGUGUAAGCAGAAAGUCACAAAUACCCGAACUGGGCGCACCGCACGAAGAAGCGCCACCAGUUCCACAUUACGCCAGCAUCAAACACUCGGUAAAUCCAUUUAUAGAUAGUUCAGAUGACAAUUUUGAUUCAUUUCCUCUCCCUCCACCGCCCGAACACCUUAUUUCCUCUACGGCUCUGAAUCCCGGUUGUGAUAGUAGCUCCCAUUGCGAUAGCGAAUCUUCAACUAUUAACAUUGCUUCUCCUAUUUCUUCUAUUACUUCUUCCAAUGCAAACAUGCAGCCGAGGUUGGAUUUUUUAUCAUCAGCAGCAACAUUACAGGCAGGCAUUCCAUCCAAUAACCCACUCUCGCCCACACAAAUUUUCCCCACAGCGCAAAUACUACCUGUUCAAUAUACCAACCUACCACAACCCCAGCAGCCGAAUACCACUCACAUCCUAACUGGUCAAUUGGUUCCAACUAGUGCGAGCCACCACUUUUCUAAUUCCCCACAGAAUCAGUCGCUAUUCACGGUAGGUGGUCUCGUACUGCUGCCACAGGCACAGUUUACUCCAUCGACAUCGCAAGUGUCUUCAUCGUCGUCAUCAUCGUUGGUUACUACACCUAUUUUUUUGGCCACUAGCGGUGGUACGACAUCUUCCACCACUGGUGUAUAUAUGAAACCUCAACCACUACAACAGCGGCCGCCACAACUUCAUCUCCAUCAGCGUAGCGUACUGUCACCUACAUCCGAUUCCAUUACAACAACAAAAGUGCCUAAAUCAGUUUCUGAUAAGAAACGUUUCUUUGAGUCAGCCAUGGAAGAUCAACACAAACCAUCGCAGAAGACAGAAAAAGUUUUUUCAUUCCUGUCAAAGGAUGAAGUUGAGAAGUUGAAGCAAGAAGAAGAGAGGAAAAUCGCAACACUGCGUCGUGAUAAGAAAUCGGGCUUAUUGGAUGGACCCUCUGCAAAUGGCAAUGAUGAGUACGAUGCUUCCAACAACAAUUCUGCCGCAGCCAACAGCGCUGCACACGCCGUCACCAUACCGUGCCUUGCCGGCGAACAGCGAAAACUACAACAACCGAAUGAUGGGCGAACUUAUGAAGAGAAUUAUGAUUAUGACGACGAUAGACGGCUUGUAGUUGACCAUCGUCACGUACUGCGCGAUACCAUUAUUGAGCGGGAUAAUUGUGAGGCGGAUGACAUGAGUAUUGCUGAAUGCACAACAAUAACAACAACAACGACAACAAGGAACGAAUCGACGGCAACACCAACACAGUCACAACCACACCCACAGCCAUUAGCGAACAGUGGCGAAGCGACCAAACCGCAAACUCCACGACUCAAGUUCGAAAAACCGAAGAAAUCUAAAAAGACAAAUGCGAAAUCGAAAUCGAAAGGUAGCGCAAAGACACCGAGUGUGAGCACAACGCCCACGGACGAUGACGUAACGGUUGGGCUAGUCGCCCACCGAAAAGCACCACCACCGCCGACACAACCGAUUCAAGCCAACAUACAGCCGCCCGCACAGGUGACAGCACCUGAGUGGGUGGCCACACCGUCGGCGCACUUGGCCGCAUUCAAAUCGCCGGCACUAGUUAAGUCCUUGACUGAGUCACCAACUACUAGUGCAGCUACAACAGUCACACCAGUAAGAAUAGCGCCGUCGUUUAAGUUGUCUCAAGUAGAUACUGCACUUGCACCGUCUGUAGCAACAAUAGCACCCGCCCCCGCACCACGUACCGCAGCUCAACAACUAAGUAGCACUGUAGCGCAGUUUGUGGAUACCGAACGACAGUACGCUGAUGUCUCAAGCGAUUACAAUGACGCCGAAGAUACGGCGAGUAGCAUUGAGAGUGUUAUUGCUACGGCGCCAUUAGCCGUUUUAUCGACCUCGACGCUGCGCUUACGCAACCAACAGAAGCCGUCACUGUUGCCGAAACCCAAAGUGAAAGUUGUCAUUCCACCUGCAUUGUUACUGCAGCAAACGCAACAACAACAACAACAGGAUGAACAACAACACGAAACAUCACCGACCACACCAACCAGUCGCAUUCCCAUACGCACGGCGAAUGCGGAGAGGCGCGCGCUGAAGGCGGCAGCAGCAGCUGCUGUUGGCGGUGCAGUGACAAGGACUCACGAUGAAGCUGCUACUUCCGAUGUGGUUGAGCGGUCAUCUGAUGCGGUUCAACACGAGCAGUCACCGUCUAAUGGGUCGAAGAGCAAAGCAAUGAUUAAUGCUGAGAAACGCGCGUCUUGGCGUGCUGCUCGCUUGCGCUCAUUGGAACAAGGCGCCCAGGAGGCGCAGUGCGUUAUCAAGAAUAUGAACAAAAUCGCUGAUGAUCUGCUGACGACACCUAUUGCCACCGAGCAGACUAAAAAGAUUGUUUUUCCAAAAAUCGCAAUUAAAUCGAGCGAUGGUCCGGUUAUAAUACGUGAACGUGAAAAAAUACUCGAUGAAAAAAUUGUGCGCCGUACCGAAGAGGUGCCGUGUCCCGUUACGGGGCGACCUCAAUUACGAACUGUUGAGUACAUUGAGAAAACCAUCGAAACUGAGGUGGAAACUUGCCAGGAGAAGAUAAUCUCAUUAGAGUUGCAAGAUCCAGAAAACGAUGAUAACAACAGUGACGAUGGCGAAAAUGACAAAAUUAGCAAUCCAUUUGCAUCAUUGCAACAUGCAGCAAGUGCCAACAAGGAUCCAGCCACAGUGUUGGUAGCAGCAACACAGGUAAUCGCAACGGUCGAGGAUGAGACGUUAGAGGAUGAGGAACCGCCGGAGCUGUUGAGGGAGACGGCGCUACUCGAUACUGUCGACGAGGAUGACGAUGAGGAAGACGAUGAUGAUGAUGACGACGACGAUGAAGAAGACAGCGAGGAGGAAGAGGAGGACGAAGAUGAAGAGGAUGCCGCCUCCAUUGUGACUGUGCAUGCAAAUAAUGAAAAACUCUUCCUACGCACCGAUGAUGAUUCCGGUCCAUCUGAUGAUUUCGACAGUAUUGGUAUGUUUGGUCCUUCGUCCAUUGAUAGCGUGUCAUCCAUAUCAAAGCUGCGUAUACAGCCUGUGCCGAUAACAAUACACCAGACACUGGCUAAGGAAGUCUUUGUAACAGCGCCUGUUGUGCCAACUGGUGUUCGUACAACAACGAAAACCGAAUAUCCUGCCCACAGUAUAACCGCAGCAAGCACUAUUGUGGAGGUGGUUAAUCCACUGAUAACCGGCGAGGGGCAGGUUAAAAGUUUGGCAGUGGGAAGCACUGCUCAAUACGAAUAUCCAAUUUUCGACAAUGAAACAGAGAAGAGAUUGCGGCCGAAGCCAUAUGAUGACCAUAUCGAAGAUAUUGCUAGGCGGAAAGGUGGCUUUGACGAAGAAGCAGAAGAUGAGCCUGAUGAUGACGAUGAGGCUGAGAAGUUUUCAGCUGCAGCGACGGGUGUGUUACGUAGCGACACGUUUGUCAUGCCGACAGUGGGACUACAACAGCAACAGCGACCACAAGAGGAACUCUCAUUGAAUGCGAAAAUGAAGAAUGUGUUGGUGGAAUUAUUGGAGAACGAACGUGUUAAAUUGAAUUUGCAGAAGAGUCUAGAGGAGGAUGAGGAGGAACAGCAUGAACUCGCCUAUGGGGAUCCUGACGAUGAAGAAGACAUUGUUGACUAUGCGGCAUUACAUGGUGCAAACCUCAGUGGCAUUAGCCGUUCUGCAGCUAAAGCUGUUAGUGAUGAUAACGGUAAUGAGCGACUGCUGCAAGAGCUAAUAAGAGACAGUAAUAGGAACACAAUUAAAAAACUAGCAGUUGGUUACGACGACGAAGAAAGCGAGGACGAAGAUGACGAAGAAGAUGGUGACGAGGAGGAUGAAGAAGAGGAGUCUUUGGAUUCCAGUGAUUCGGAAGAAGACGGCGAAGCUGAAGAUGAUGAUGAGGCUGUAAAUAUAACAUUUGUCGAUGGUUGUCAGGUGAUUGAGAAUCCCAAUGCGGAGUCAACGCUAAAACUGCAAAAAUCACAAACCUAUACUUCUAUGAAAGAUGCAGAUCAGACCGAAGACAAGCAAGGUGGCGCCGCACAAGAAGACAUAGACAAGGACAUCGAACAUACUGUCGAGAAACUGCAAGCCGAACAACGCAAGCUCGAGGAGAUCACAAAACAACUACGCAAAUCGGUAGAAAACCUGCUAGCCGAUGAUGAUGAAAUUGCGACCGCAAUUAGCCAAGCAGUACAAGACGACGACGAUGUGAUCAUAAAAAAUCCGAACCAAAAUGUUGUUCACACAGUAGAAACCAAGACUGUCAUCGGCGACGAUGGUGUCAAGAAAACCAUUAUCACCGAGACGAUACGCAAGCCUGAGCCCAAACAAACGCACCACGAACAGCAGAAUGAAGAGUCCGGCGAGGCACUUUUCAAUAAACUUCUACAUGCCGGCGGCGAUCACAAGCAGAUAUUCGAUCAGCAAACGGGUGAGAGUGUAAUAACUACCACCACCACCGAUGCCGACGGCACUGUCACCACCACAACAACCACAAUUUCGAAUGUGAUUAAAAGUGGCAUCCCCAGAGCGGUGGUGUUGAAAUCAGAAGCCAGCUCGGCAGGCACCAGCAGCAGCGGCCACAGUGCGAACACGAAACAAGAGAAACAACAUAGCAAGCAAAAACGAAAAGGGAAGAAUGGCAAAAAGUAAAUGUGACAUAAAAUAAAUGGCAAGGCAUGCACUAAAUCUAACAACAGCCCGGCAGCAUCACACAGUGCAACAACUGAGUACAUAUGUAUGCAGUGGCGUAUAUAUUUAUGUUUAGGGGAGAAAGUGUGGGAUCAAGAAUGAUAAAUAUGCGCAAACAUAUUUACUAUUUCUGCAACCAGUUGCAUUUGCAAGAGAAGUGAAGUGGGUGUAUAUAUAGAUAUGCAUAGAUAGAUUGUGUAGUAUUAUGCAACACAAGCGAGUAGAAAGCAUACUAUAUACUAGUUAGAAAUGAAUACAAGUAUAAGUGUCCAAUAGAGCAGCUAAAGAUGGGAACAGCAAUUGCUGGGGCGCAAAUAAUCAGGCGGCAGCAAAUUGUAUAUUCGCCGGUUUGUACAAAUUUUUAAAUUGCGCUGAAAGGAAAUAUAAAUGGCAAUUCGUAUAAAAGCGGAAAUAGCGAGAAUAUUUUUAAUAUUUUUUUAAAUAUUUUUUUAAGUUUAAUUUCAGCCAAUAAUUACUUGAAAGUGUACUGAAAAGUAAUUACUUCGAAAUUUUUUCGGAAAACAUGCCGUUAUUUAUUGCGAUGUGCAUGUCGCAUGUUAUUGUAUCCCUUGCGCCCCAACAUAUGAAUACAUCCCUUCAUUAUAUUUUUACCAAUUUAUGAUAUUUUAAUUAUUUACAUUUACUACAGCAUAUUAUUUAAUAGAUAAUUAUGAAUUAUGUUUUUAAUUAACCACCAUUUGCAUUUAUCAUUUGUAACUAAUUUAGAGUCCAUAAUAUAAUUUGUUGUGUUUGUAUGCAUUUACGAUGACGAUACCCAAACGACAUUAGAUGUAGAAAUCCCACAUCAAAUUAUAAGAAACGCUGAGAUCCACCACGUUUUUUUAAAUUUAUUUUCUAAGCGAAAGAUUUCAUUUAAUUAAUUUAAAUAAAAUUUUUGUUUGCUUAAUUUCUAAUGAACUAAUUCUAACAUUUAUUUUUGCCGUCCUUUUACUUUAUUUUAUGCUUCUCCAACGUUUAUGCGGUUUGUUUUGCUUUUAGGCGAAAAAGUAACGUUGCACGCUAAGUGACAGCUGAAAUUACCUUGUAGCCCUAGCAUACCAUAAGCUUGUUUGCUUCCAAUAAGAUGUGCAUAGAUGAGCAAGAUAACGCUUGCAAAAAAAAAAAUAAUAUAUAUGCAAUAUAUAAAUAAAAAUACGAAAUAAAAGUAUAAUUAAUAAUUUAAAACAGCAAAAAAAAAAUUAUGACAAAAAUAAACGAAAAUAACGAAAAUUUUAACGAAAUGAAAUCAGACAAAAAAUUCGUCCUUUUAGUAUGUAUUUCGAUGUGUCCAAAAUGUUAAAUUACGAAUGUGAAAAAAUUUAUUACAAACGAAAAUUAUAAAAACAAAAUAUACAAUGAAAUUUAGUGUAUAUCUAAUAUUAAAGAUUCUCAAUUUGAAAAUUUCGCCUAAAACAACUUUAAAAAUAUAUGAGUAUUUUAUCUUAAGUAAUCUUAUGUAAUUUUUUGUUGCAUCAUUCCGUACGUAAUUUGAUUUCUUUAUAUUAAUUUAAUAAUAAAAUAGCAAACUGAAUGUAUUUCGCAAUAGACUUUAGUUACAGUUGCACACACACACACACACACACACACACACAAAUAUGGAUAAACCAUUUGUUUCUAUUGGUGUGUGCGUGUAAAAGCUACAGAUAUACUUAUUUGUAAGGCAAAUUGUAA